GAGUGAAAACAGAAGCGUGGGCAGGGGGCUGGUGCUGAAGGAAGCUUGCGAAACGGCACCCGGGCACACGCCUGGCUCCGAGAGUUGAUUUGACCCUGCGUCUGUCCUGGGCGGUGACACUUCGAGGUCCUGCCGCUACGGCACAUUUCUUGCCUUUGAAACGCCACUUGUUCGGGGAGCGAGAGCCAAAUCUGCAAAUACUCAUUAAACGCAUCGACCAAGCAGAUCCCGGUGCUAGAAAAAGCGGCGACGGUAGCUUGCGGCCACCGGAUUUAUGGGCCCCGGGCGUCGCACCCCGCGCCAGUCCGCCUCGAGGGGCGCGGGGACCCAGCCAACCCUCUCGGCACUCCGCCCGAGAAGGUAGCCGAGGGAUCCUCCCUGGCUGGCAGCCAGCCCGCUCCUCACCCGCUCUCACAGCAGCAGCGCCGGCCCUGCCGCGAAGAAGCAGACGCACCGGCCUCCCCGCCUGGUGAAGGACACGCCCCCUGCUCCCUUCGGCCCCGCCUCCAUGCUCUGCGCACGCGCCUGCCCCGGUCGUGGCGCUGUCUCCCAGGUCUGCGCAGCUCAGUGGGGCCUCCGCGCCUGCAGGGGGAGCCGGAGCCCGCGCCACUUGCCCUUCACGGAUACGCACCGCGGUUGCUUCCGCGCCGGAGCCAGACGGUCUGACGCUGCGUGGCGAGUGGCGAUGGUGCAGCUCCGGCCCCGCGCGUCCCGCGCGCCGGUUUCGGUCUCGGCGGCGGUGGAUGAAGGCCAGCCCGCCUUGGAGGCGGCGGCGGAGCACGGCCUGUUGCUCCCGCAGCCCAGUAGCGGCGCGGCCGCCGAGCCUCUGCGGGAAGACGAGGACGGGGCCGUCGAGUUUGACGACGAGGCCCCGGAGGAGCUGACUUUCGCCAGCGCUCAGGCGGACGCGAGGGAAGAGCAGCAGCGCGUUCGGGAGUCGGUGCGCAGGGACAAAACGCUUCUGAAGGAGAAGAGGAAAAGACGCGAGGAGCUGUUCAUCGAACAGAAGAAAAGAAAACUCCUUCCAGAUACUAUUCUAGAGAAGUUAACUACAGCUUCACAGACUGACAUAAAGAAAUCACCAGGAAAGUUGAAAGAAGUUAGUUUGCUGCAAAAGAAAAAUGAAGAAAGUGAAAAAGGAAGCAACUCCAAGAAAGCUCAAGUGCAGAAAGUACAAUCUGUUGGCCAGAAUAAAAGCUACUUAGCUCUAAGGCUAAAAGAUCAAGAUCUGAGAGAUUCAAGGCAACAAGCAGCCAAAGCCUUCAUACAGAAUUCUUUGUAUGGUCCAGGAACCAGCAGAACUACCGUAAAUAAGUUCCUGUCUCUUGACAACAAGAGGUCACCAGUGAAAAAAGCUGCAGUCCAGUUUUUGACUAAUGCUUGGGGAACCCAGAAAAAACAAGAUGCCAAGAGGUUUAAAAGACGGUGGAUGGUUAGAAAGAUGAAAACAUCUAAGAAGUAAAUCAAAGCUUAAUGAAGAAUGAGAACUUGUAUGUACAGAACUUAAAAAGAGUUUAGAGGGUUGAUUUUUCUGAAAACUUAAUAAAGCAUUUAUGAAUCA